AAAUAUAUAAAAAGAAAUGAACAUUGCUUCCCGCGUUUUCUAUCUCUCUCUUAGUAGCCACACUUCCUUACCUUUGAUCUCUUAUUCCUCAUGCGUGCAAGCCAUUCUUCUCUAAUUUUCCUACACUUUCAAUUUUUUCUCUCUCCUAAAUUUCUUGGUUUUUAACGGUUUUAAUUUUCUGCAAGAUUCUUCAAACUUUUUUGUCCUCAAUUUUUUCUCUCAUAUUAUCUCCACAUUUCUGUCGUUUUGCUUUCUCUGAAACCAAACUAACCAAUUUCAAAACUCCCCUGAAAAAAAAUCUCAACAAGUUUUAGUCUUUAUUUGUUUUUUUGUGUGCAGUUUAUAAGAAAAAAAGAUCUCAUCUUUUCUGAGAUUCCUAGGAAUUUGUCAUCUGGGAUUUGUUUAUUUGUUCUUAAUCUAAACUGGGUUUGAAUCUGAUUCUUAAAAUUCUGAUUCUUUUCUGAGAAAUUAUUUAUUUUUCCAACACUACAUUUCUGGGUUCUGCUCUUUUUCAGUAAAGAUUAAUUUCAUGGUUUGAUUUUCUAUUUGGACUGAAAAUCUACAGCUAUGGGAGGACAUAUGAGCAAGAAAACAGUUGAUCAAAGUUCAGCAGAAAUGCACAAUUUACAGUACACAACUGAGCUAACAUCUUAUGAAGCAGCUUGUAAAACUGAUUUAGAUUUGCAAUCUUUUGAUACAAAUCUCCAUGCUAGAACCAAUCAUGUGAUCAACUCCUUAGCAACCGGUGUCGAAGUCCGGUCUCUUUCGUUUACUUCUAUGAAGGAAGUCACUGAAUGCUUGUUAGAGAUGAAUCAGGAAGUUGUGAAAGUUAUCUUAGAGUGUAAGCAAGAUAUAUGGAAAACCCCAGAAUUAUUUGAGCUUGUUGAAGAAUACUUUGAGAACAGUUUACAAACCCUUGAUUUCUGUGCUGCAUUGGAGAAAUGUCUUAAAAGGGUUAGAGAUAGUCAGUUGCUUAUAAUGGUUGCUUUACAACAAUUUGAGGAUGAAGAUGGUGCAGAGAAAACAAGGUAUCAGAAAACUUUGGAAGAAUUGAAGCAUUUUAAAGCAGUUGGUGAUCCUUUUACUGAGGAGUUUUUUCAGAUAUUUCAGUCUGUUUAUAAACAGCAACUUUCAAUGCUUGAGAAGUUGCAACUUAAGAAGAAUAAGUUAGAUAAGAAGUUAAAAUAUGUUCAUGCUUGGAGGAAAGUGUCUAGCAUCAUAUUUGUCGCCACGUUUGCUGCAGUUCUGAUCUGCUCGGUUGUGGCAGCCGCCAUGGCAGCACCACCAGUGGCAGCUGCUGUCGCGGCUGCAACUUCUAUCCCUGUGGGAUCCAUGGGGAGAUGGAUUGAUUCCCUUUGGAAAAACUAUGAAACUGCAUUAAAGGGGCAAAAGGAGGUGAUUAGCAGUAUGCAGGUUGGGACAUAUAUUGCUAUCAAGGACUUAGAUAACAUCAGGGUGUUGAUAGACAAACUACAAAUCGAGCUCGAAUCUUUGUUGAGAACUGCUGAUUUCGCCAUUUCUGAAGAUGCUGUGAAGCUUGGGAUUGAAGAGAUUAAGAAGAAAAUGGUUGUUUUUACAAAGAAUGUUGAAGAUUUGGGUGUACAAGCUGAUAUGUGCAGUAGAGAUAUCAGAAGAGCAAGAACAGUUGUCCUGCAGAGGAUCAUCAAGCAUCCAAACAACUGAAAGAAAGAAACUGACUUCAAAAUUUCAUCCAUUGCUAUGUUGUUAUAUGUUGACACUUUGAAAUUAAGAUACAUUAUUUGUAAUUGAAUAUUUUUUCCCAUUUGUUGUUCCGAAUCCUCGGAUUUGGAUUCCUUUCCUGGACAUAAUAUUCACCAAAAAAAUACAUACUUCA